UUUCGCGGGAUCUGUAACUUUUAUAGGCGAAUAGUUGCAUUUUCGCGGUUUUACAGUAAAUAAAGUGUUAUUUUAAACGAUAAUCAAUUGGUUUUCUGCCCCUUGCUUUGAAAGCAAUAUUUAAAAUCGAGAAACAAAUCUCCCUUUGAUCACUAAAUAUGUCUGCUGAAGCCGAAGCAAUGGUCACAACGGCCGCCGCCGAUGUGUCAUCACCCAGCAAGACAGUGGCCGUGGAGCCCGUGGCCGCUGAUACAACGCCGGACAAUGCUCCGGCGGUGUCCACCGAAGGAACCGGCAAGGCCGAGCAGGAACGUGCCGAGAAAAUACUCAAGGGCAAGGAGCUGUUCAGCCAGGGAUCGCGCAACUUCCUGGUGAAGAGUUACGACGAGGCUGCCGACGAACUCAGCCAGGUGUGCCAACUGUACGAGGAGGUCUACGGGGAGCUGGCCGACGAGCUGGGACAGCCCCUGCUGCUCUAUGCCAAGGCGCUGAUUGCAAUGGCCCUGGAUGAGAACAAAGUGAUCGACGUGCCUGAUGAGGCCGCCGACGAUGAUGACGAGGAUGUGGACGACGACGAAGAUGAAGCCCCAGAAGAUGGAGAGGCCAAGAAGGAGGACCUUAAGGAGGACAAAAAGGAGGAGAAGAAAGAGUCCAAGGAGGCCGCAAAUGGAGCGAGCAGCACAAAUGGCAAGGAUUUGGACAGCAUCAAGGAGACAUCCGAUGAGGCCGAUUCCACCGGUGAAGCCGAAGCUCAGACCGAUGAAAAGACCGCCAAGAAGGCGCCCACUGGCGUUGAUGAGGUCAGCAGUAGCAAUGGCGGCGGAGGAGCUGCCGUCAACGAUGACGAACGUCCGAGCACAUCGAAUGGUGAAGUCACAGCUAGUUGCUCGAACGGAGUGGGUGCCGCCGGUGAGGAGGAGCCAGAAGAGGAGGAGGGAGUUAGCGGAAGUCUGCAGUUGGCCUGGGAGAUCCUCGAGGCGGCGGCCCAGAUCUUUACGCGCCAGGGCCUCAGUGGUCUCCCAUAUUUGGCCGAAGUUCAGACGGAGCUGGCCAACAUUGAGUUUGAGAACGGCAUACUCGAGGCGGCACGCGAGGAUUACGAGAAAGCCUUGAAAAUCCAUGGAGAGCUGCCCACCAAGAACCGACGUGCUCUGGCCGAGUUGCACUAUAAGAUUGGGCUGACCUAUCUGAUGCAGCAACUCAACAAGGAGGGGGCGACAGCCCUGCGACACUCGAGCACCUUGAUUGAGGAGGAAAUUGCCGAGAUCAAGGGCAAGGACGAGCCCAGCGAGAAGGACAAGAGCAACAUGCUGGAUCUGGAGGAGACCAAACAGGAGAUUGUGGCCAAGAUACAGGAGAUAGAAGAGAUGCAGGCUCAGACCAUUGCCGAGGUGCGAGCUGCCCUGGACAGCUACAUCAAGCCAAUGAGCAGUGGCGAUGCAGCUGCCGCUUCCUCCUCGUCUUCGUCGUCCGCCAAUGGUGCCGCCAGCUGUUCGUCGUCAUCCUCCAAGGGCGCUGCGGCGGCCUCCUCCUCGUCGACCAUCAGCAGCAGCUCGGCCAAGCCCACAGACAUCACACAUCUGAUCAAGCGCAAGAAGCCCGAGGAUCCCAGCUCGGAGGCCGAAGCUCUCUGCUCGCCGGCCAAAAGGACCGCCGUCUAGGGCGGACAUUCCAGUUGCCCAAUGGCACCAGACCCACUCACAACCACAACCAACACACACACACAUCAGCUACUUAAAACCACACCCACACGCAUUCAACACCAUUCAACUGUCCUAUAUUCCUCGAUCCUAUUUAUGCUAUUUGUUUGCUGUUUUCUACCAAAACUCUCUGUAAGUCUGUAAGUUUACAAUCACAAUUAGUGCUAAGUGCGUACAUAAAAUAAUGUUUUGUAUUAAACGAAAAAAACGAAGAAGUAAGGCAAAAAGUGUAAACAAUAAAUACGGGAGAUUUCCCCAAGAAAGUUA